AUGAAAACCUCAAAGGCAUCCCAGCGCUACAGAAGCAUCCGGAGAAAUGCCAGCCAGUGCUAUCUCUACCAGGACUCCCUGCUGCUUGGUAACUCCGAUGACAGCUUUAAUGCUGACGAAACAGGGGACAGCAAUGAUCCAGAACAAAUCUUUCAGAAUAUACAGUUUCAGAAAGACCUCAUGGCAAAUAUCCGCUGCAGACCCUGGACCAUGGGGCAGAAGCUGCGGGCACUGAGACGAGCAAAGGAGAUUGUGCUGAAGUUCGAAGGCAGACUGACCAGGACGCGAGGCUACCAGGCAGCAGGCGCAGAGCUCUGGCGGAAAUUCGCCCGUCUGGCCUGUAACUUUGUGGUCAUCUUCAUCCCCUGGGAAAUGAGGAUAAAGAAAAUUGAGAGUCACUUUGGAUCUGGUGUGGCCUCCUACUUCAUCUUCCUGAGGUGGUUAUUUGGAAUUAACAUAGUGCUCACAGUGAUGACUGGUGCCUUUGUCGUCCUUCCUGAGCUCAUCGCAGGCCAGCCCUUUGGAAGUACAGCCAGCAAGACCAUCCCCCGAGAACAGGUCAUGUCUGCACAGGAUCUGGACACUGUCUGGUCCCUGGGGGGUUACCUUCAGUACUCCGUCCUGUUCUACGGGUACUAUGGAAGAGAGAGGCGGAUCGGGAGAGCCGGCUAUCGCCUGCCCUUGGCGUAUUUCCUGGUGGGGAUGGCAGUGUUUGCUUACAGCUUCAUCAUUCUCUUAAAAAAGAUGGCUAAGAACUCCCGCACCAGCCUAGCCAGUGCUUCCAAUGAAAACUAUACCUUCUGCUGGCGGGUGUUUUGUGCCUGGGAUUACCUCAUCGGGAACCCAGAGGCUGCAGAAAGCAAAACAGCUGCCAUCCUGAACAGCAUUAGGGAGGCCAUACUGGAAGAGCAAGAAAAGAAAAAGAACAAAAACAUGGCGGUGACUGUCUGCCUGAGAAUCAUUGCCAACAUCCUGGUGCUCCUCUCACUGGCUGGGAGCAUCUACCUCAUCUACUUUGUGGUGGACCGGUCCCAGAAGCUGGAGCAGUCGAAGAAGGAGCUGACACUUUGGGAAAAGAAUGAGGUAAGCGUGGUGGUCUCCCUUGUCACCAUGCUAGCACCGUCUGCCUUUGACCUCAUCGCUGCCUUGGAGAUGUACCAUCCACGGACGACACUGCGCUUCCAGUUAGCAAGGGUCCUGGUACUCUAUCUAGGAAAUCUCUACAGCUUGAUCAUUGCUCUUCUGGACAAAGUGAACAGCAUGAACAUUGAGGAAGCUGCUACUAAAAACAUCACAAGCCACUGGGAAGAUGCUCCCACCUUCUAUGCCACCCAGACAGUGCCUGAAGAAGGGCAGUGGCCCACAUCUGGGUCAGGAGUAGAGCUCAGGAGAAACACCAGCAUGUGGGGAAUGGAAGAGACAAGCUUUCUGACUUCUGUCAUGCCACAAACAAAGGCCAACAAGACAGUGCCCUACAUGCCGGGCCCACAAGGCCAGUGCUGGGAGACUUAUGUCGGCCAGGAGAUGCUGAAGCUGUCUGUCAUCGACAUGCUCUUCACCGUGGCCAGCAUCCUUCUCAUAGACUUCUUCCGAGGACUUUUUGUCCGCUACCUAAGUGACUAUUGGUGUUGGGACCUUGAAAGCAAGUUUCCUGAGUAUGGAGAAUUCAAGAUUGCCGAGAAUGUGCUGCACCUGGUCUACAAUCAAGGCAUGAUUUGGAUGGGGGCCUUCUUCUCUCCAUGUCUGCCAGCGGUCAAUGUUCUCAAGCUCAUUGGGCUGAUGUACCUGAGGAGCUGGGCGGUGCUGACCUGCAAUGUACCCCACCAGCAAGUGUUCCGAGCUUCGAGAUCCAACAACUUCUACCUGGCAAUGCUCCUCUUCAUGCUGUUCCUCUGCAUGCUGCCGACCAUCUUUGCAAUCGUCCACUACAAGCCGUCUCUGAACUGUGGCCCCUUCAGUGGACAAGAGAAAAUUUAUGACAUCGUGUCAGAGACGAUAGAGAAUGACUUCCCCACGUGGUUUCACGCUGUCGUUGGACAUAUCAGCAGCCCUGUGGUGAUUCUUCCAGCUGUGCUGCUUCUGUUCAUGCUCAUCUACUACCUUCAGAGCAUCGCGAGGUCCCUCAAGCUCAGCAGCCAGCAACUCAGGAUGCAGAUCCAAAACGCGAGAUCUGAAGAUAAGAAAAAAGUUGCCCAAAUGGUAGAGGCUCGCAUCCAGACUCAUGAAGAAAGCAGCAAGAGGCUUCUAAAGGAUGGUGACCUUAUCAGCCAGCUGUCCUCAGUGUACAUGGCAACAUCCCAAAACAAUGGCGACGCGCUCAACUUUGACUCUCUGAGUAGCAAGAGUCUCAGGACGGAGGCCAUCACAAGGUCCCUGCCCCAGAGUCCUGGGCAAGGGUCCAGGGGCCCCUGCUCUCCUCUUCCAGAUGGAUCUAUGUCAAGGCCAGAGCAGGACACCAAUAGGUACCCACAUGGGCCGUGUUCCAGCACAGGCAACCUCCACAAGAACAGAUCCUGCUCGUCUGUGGCACAGAAACAGCCCCUCAAAGAUAUUCGCUCAGAGCCUCUUUCCCGGAAAGGCUUUCAGCCAAUCAGUCCUCCUUUCUGUGGAUCUGGGGUCUCUGCCUUGAUGACGCAUGGCCACAGUCCCCAUACCCCCAGAUACUAUGUUGUUAAUGAACGAGACUCUCACAAAAAGAUCCACCCAGCUUUCUGGCCAGAAAGACAUUUCAAGAUAGAUGCUUUGGGUGACAUUGUAGAGCUGUACCCCAGGAAUGUGCAGCAGUACAUGUCCUGGGCUCCCCACCUGCCUUGCUCUCCACAGCUGAGUGAAGAAGAGGAGGAGAUGCUGAGGAGAGAUUUGGUCCAGUGGUCAAUCCCUGCUACCUCCUUGACAGACCUCCCUCGGUCUUCUUGCGUUUACACUGGUGACAGAUCAGAAAAUAACACCAGAGACCCUAAAUACCAGAGAAGGGUGUACUACAGAUCUGGGGAUAAUAGUUUUGAAGACAAGCUUGAGAGGCCCACAUCUGUACACAAAAAGCCACGAUCCAGGAAUGUCCAGUACCCGCAGCAUACCCUGAAGGCCAGAGCCAAAGCCAAGUUUGAGCCAUCCUUCACAGAAUCUGAUUCUGUGUCAGCAGCAUCCAGCAGUGACCAGGCAAACAGCAACAAUGACCAAUACCUGCAUGUCAUGUCCAGCCAGGGCAGAUUCCCGAGGUCUGCCAGCCAGCCAGGCAGGAGGAAGGCCAAGUCCAGGCAGGUACUGCCCACAGAUCUAAAUGACCUAAUUUGUUCAAAUGUCUAG